GGCGUGGUAAGUUGAUAGUCUUGUGUUGUGUAGUUGCUGCAGAGAAAUAACAAAAAAUAAUCAAAAACCUAGAAUUUUAGAGUCUAAUUAGAGUCUAUUUAGUGAAUAAUUUAAAAUCAACCUUUAAUCAACUCAAAUCAUUUGACCAACAUGACACACAUCACCAAAACAUCGUGGAUCAUCAGCAUAUUCAAUGUCUGUGCCUGCACAAUUUUCUUUGUAUUCAAAUUUAUGGUGUUCUAUGGCUACAUGAACAUUAGCACAAAUGGAGUUCAAGAUCGUCAUAAAAUUGUGUCAAGUUUGCCGUUCAAUCCAAAUGAGACGAAUUUUUUUACUGCUGAUGUUGACUUUAUAUUCGAAAUUGGAGCUUACUUCCUUGGAAUCUUCUUCAAUGCAUUGCUGCCACUUGGAGUAAAUACAGCUUAUGAGAAGGACACAUUCUUCUUCUUCCCUGGAUACUACUUCAUAUCAGUCUGGCUGACAACAGUCACUCUAGUUCAAGGCAUCAGAUUCGCUCUCUUACCAUUCAUUUUAUUUGCUGUCAUUAACUUUAUCUUUAUGAUUGUUGUUGGUGCGAUGCACAAGUACAUUUUGAAGGAAAAGAGAGGAGUUGGACGAUAUAAUUCGAGAAUUUAAGGAUUAUUUGUCGAAAUUAACUGUUAAGAUUAUUAUUAAAGUACUAAGGCGUACCGUCCACAAAUAUAAAUUAUUUUUGAUAUUAUUUUUUAUUGAAAAAUUUUAUAAACUUAAUUAAAAAUAAAUUUUUUGAAUUUAAAGUUUUAAAUUUCACGUCUUUUUUUGCUUUAAUUUUAACAAAUUUUCUAAGAAAAUUUCUCAUAGAUUCCUCACAAUAGCCAUUCCUACUUAGAAUAUUCAGCGAUAGCACUAGUCACAGAUCCUCUCAAUUGCUUAAUAACAGCUCCUUGAUCAUCAGCCUUGAUAACUCCAGUUCCAGACACAAUCCAAUUAGCACCAGCCUUAGCACAGCAGUCAAUUGUAUUCAGUGCAACUCCACCAUCAACUUCAAUAUUCAAAGUCGGAUAAUUAUCCCUCAAAUGCUUAACCUUUGGCAUCAUAUCCUCCAUAAACUUCUGUCCACCAAAUCCAGGCUCAACUGUCAUGAUCAGCACCAAAUCAGCCAUCUCAAUGUACUUCUCGACAACAUCAACUGCUGUUUUUGGCUUUAUUGCGAGUCCAACUUUCAUUCCUGCUUCACGAACCUUACGACAAACGGCACUGACAUCAUCGACUGGUUCGAUAUGAAAUGUGUAUUGAUCGACACCGGCAUCAGCCAUGUCUGAGAUCCAUUGUUCUGGAUUCGAGACCAUCAUGUGGGUUUCGAAGAAGGCUUCCUAUAAUAAAUUUGAGUUUUUUUGAGUGAUUUUUGG